UUCUCAGCCACAAGGCUGGGGCAUCUGAGUCACCUCACUCCCCUCUGGUCUAUCUUUUGGCCAGUGGCACACUUCUGUUUGCUGUGACUGGGGGGACAGAAAAGGGAGGAGACGGUGAAAAAAUUGUCCCCUCCCGUGGAGCCAAAUCUCACUUGGGGCUAGUGAGCGCCCCACUUAUGACCAACAGCCCAGAUGAAACAACCGGCCUGGGGCCUGCAGGAAACCGUGUUGGAAUCCAGAUGUAUGCCAUCGACCUCAUGCUGAAGUGGGACAACCGUCCAGAUGGAAAGCGGGUAAUGCAGCUGCAGAUCCUGGAGGUGAACUUCAACCCCGACUGCAAGCGAGCCUGCAGGUACCACGCCACCUUCUUCAACGACGUCUUCAGCACCUUGUUUCUGGACCAGCUCAGUGACUGUAAUGUCACCUGCCUUGUCUAGGCACUUGCCGUCCCCAAAACCUGAGCUCGGGGCAGGAUUCCAACCUCAGUUCUCUGAGCUGCCUCUGCAAAGCCCCCCACGCCCCUCCCCACACCGGCUCUGGGCACAGCCUCAGCCCCAGGCCUCUGUCCUCCUGAGCCAUCCUCACACUCUGGGAGCACAGCAUCCUCCUCCCACCUGCGGGUCAGAGCAGGACAGUGAUGGUGUCCCCAGGGCAGAGCACUGCCCCAGGGCCUGUCCUCACCCCUCACCACCAUCCGUGCACUGAUGAGUCUCUGGCUUAGCCAAGGGCUU